CCUAUCAUUUUUGUAAAAUAUUCUAUACUAUACACAUAUUUUAAGAUAGCACAUUUUAUUUAAAAACAUUCAAGAUGGGUAAGCGUCAGCAUCAAAAAGAUAAAAUGUAUUUAACUUACACCGAAUGGACGACACUGUAUGGAGGAAAAAAAUUAGGACAGCCUUCAAAAGAGGAAGAGAAUUUUAAACGUUUACCCUUUGAUCAUUGUUGUCUAUCAUUGCAGCCAUUUGAAAUACCUUAUUGCGAUUUAGAUGGAAAUAUCUUCGACUUAGAAGCCCUCUUACCAUUUCUGAAGAAAUAUAAAAUUAAUCCGGUAACAGGUAAUCCUUUGGAAUUAAAGUCGUUAGUGAAGCUAAACUUCCAUAAAAAUUCUGAAGACGAGUUUGAAUGCCCAGUACUAUUUAAACCUUUUACCAAAAACUCACAUAUAGCUGCAAUUGCUACCACAGGAAAUGUUUAUUUAAUGGAAGCUAUAGAACAACUAAAUAUAAAAAAUCGUAAUUGGAAAGAUUUGAUUACGGACAAACCAUUUGAAAGAAAGGAUAUAAUUGUCUUGCAAGAUCCAAAUGAUUUGUUAAAAUUUAAUAUUUCGAAAUUCCACCAUGUAAGAAAUAACUUAAGAGUAGAAACAGAAGAGGAAAUUAUUGACAAAUCAAAUCCACAGGCUAACUUAAAGUCUAUAAAUUCAGAAACUAAAGACACGCUGGACGAGCUAAAUAGGGAAUAUCGAGUGUCAACAAUAGAAAUUAAUAAAUCCGAAAGUACCGCAAAAGCCGACAAAUUCAAUGCAGCUCAUUACUCCACUGGUGAAGUUGCAGCCAGCUUCACUUCGACUGCUAUGAAUAGGAAAUUGAUCCAUGAAUCUGCUAUUGUACAUGAAGAUGAAGUUAGGUACCAACGCGUAAAAAAGAAAGGAUAUGUUAGACUUGUGACAAAUGUGGGAAUGUUGAAUUUGGAAUUGUACUGUGAUGUUAUUCCGAAAACGUGUGAGAACUUUAUAAAACAUUGUGAGAACGGAUAUUACAAUGGAACAAAAUUUCAUCGAUCGAUAAGGAACUUUAUGAUUCAAGGCGGAGAUCCUAAGAACACUGGUAACGGGGGAGAAUCGAUAUGGGGAGGCAAAUUUGAAGACGAAUUCAAACCUAAUUUAACCCAUACGGGUCGGGGCGUCUUAUCGAUGGCAAAUUCCGGAAAAAAUACUAACGGAUCUCAGUUUUUUAUUACCUUUCGUUCAUGUAGACACUUGGAUAACAAACAUACAAUUUUUGGAAGGGUUGUUGGUGGUAUGGAAACACUAACGGAAAUGGAAAAGAUAGAGGUCGAUAAUAAAGACAGGCCUAUUGAAGACAUAAUAUUGAUGAGGGCUGAAAUUUUCGUUAAUCCAUUCGACGAAGCUGACGAACAGCUGGCCAAAGAAAGGCAGGAUGAAAUAGACAGGCAGAAAGUAGAAGAGUCGGCAGAGGCGCAAAAAAUUAAUUCCCAAAUAAAACUAAAAGUUUUUCGAAGCGGUGUAGGAAAAUACAUCAACCCAGUCAUCAAGAAAAGCAUUGAAAAAGAUGCCGAUGUCGAACCCCCUACUAAAAAGAAAAAAACUUUGAAUUCGUUUAACUUUAACAACUGGUAAUUGUUUCUUGUGUAUUAUUUAUAAAUAUUCACGUAAGAAUAAAUGUUUUAUAUGUUA